UAAGAAGAUCUUCAUGAUAGUUUCAAGCAAGAAGUUUACAUCAGACUACGAGGAUUAUUAUAAAUUGUACACAUAAGGAGUUCGUUUAAAAAAGGUUUCUGAAAAAUUACCCCUUUUUUGGGAGGAAAUCCUCCAAGAUGGAAUCGCUGAUUAAAAUCUGCAUAGCAGUAGCAGUGUACCAACAUUACACAAUAAUUAUGAUAAAUCAGCUGAUUCUUGUCACUCUAAACCACUUGUGACUUUAUCAAAACAAUUGUAAAACAUGAACACAACAUGCGAUAAACACUUAGUGGUAAUAACCGUAUUUGAAUGAUACACUGUAACCGUUUGACAAAAUGAACGACUUUGAUGAUUUAUUUAAACCAAUCGUACUUGUGACUGGAUUUGGGCCAUUUAUAAACCAUCCCAUAAAUGCAAGUUGGGAAGCAGUCAAACUUUUAAAGAAGGAUGAAAUCGAAAAGAAGCAUAAAAUCGAACUAGUUCAACUUGAACUUCCUGUGACAUAUGAAAAUGUGGAUGAGUUUGUCCCAGCUUUAUGGGAGACACAUGAACCUAAGCUCACAAUCCAUGUUGGUGUAUCGAAAAUAGCUAAAGACAUAACAUUAGAGAAACAAGCUCACCGUAAGGGCUACCAAAGACUAGACUACUUUGAUAAAUGUCCACCAAAUAAUACAUGCAGUGCAGAUGGGGCUAUAAGAAUUCAGACUAAACUUAAUGUUGAGAAACUAUGCUCGGACUUUAAUGAAAACUCUGUAGAUGGGUCUAAAGCUGUAGUAUCAUUAGAUGCUGGGAGAUAUCUUUGCGAGUACAUUUAUUACACAUCUCUUAGCAUUGACAAUACUCGCACAUUGUUUGUACAUGUUCCAGAAUUAUCCAUUUAUAGUUCUGAACAAACUGCACAUGCUCUUGAACAUAUUUUAGACCUAUGUUUACAACAGCUCCAUAUACCAUUGGCCAAAGACAAAGAGGAGGUUAAUGAAAGUAUAUAAUAUUUUCUUAUUAAACUAAGUUACUAGCAGUAUUAAAUAUUAAGCAUAUUCAAAAGAAUCCUAAUAUAAUUUUAAUUAAAAAAUAUAGUUAUAGGUUCAUAUAACCCUUGUGAGUCUAUACUCGAAACAAUAUGCAACUAAUAUGUUCUUGAUGCAACUGUAAAUUAUUAAAUAGCCAUUAGAAAUUUUGCUAUUUUUCUUAACCAUUGACAUUCCAACUAUUGUUGAAAGAAUUUGAAAAUAUAAUGUUUGUUAGGUAGCUAUGCUAAUACUUCAUUAAAUAUUGUCAUGAAA